AUGAACAUAGAUUAGUUCCUAAUUCAGUCGCAUUAGAACCACCGUACUGUCAAUGUGUGUCUUUCUUUUAGUGAUUAAAACCUCAAUAUACAGUCCACUAUUUAAACUUAAUUAUGUGGUUUUUAUUUAAACGACCAGCACGCCACAUAAUAUGGUCCAUCUUCGCCUAAAUUAAUAAUUAAUAAAGACAUCAGUGUUGCGGUUCCAUGCGGUGUUCUGUGCGGCUCACAAUAUCAACCGCCAUAUUGCGUAGUGCGGGACUUAAAAUAAAUUGCGUCGUGUGUGUGCGCAAGUGCCACUUCAAUAAGUGACUAUAAACUUUACUGUGAAAAGCUGUGCUUUUUAAAAAAACUGUGACCUGUGUUGCUGGUGUUAUUGGUGUCAUAGGACUCAGGCUGUGCUAUUGACAGCAAUUAUAAAAAGGACAUUGUUACCGUGCUGUGCCAUUGACAGUUAUCAGCCACGCAUUGCGUGGUACGAGUAAUAGUGCUACCUAGUGUUAAUCACAACAUACUUACUGUGUUCGGGCUGUUGCUAUUGAGCAGUAUUUUAAUACGAACAUCAGGACUAAACAAACAUAAAUUCAGCCUGCUAUUGAGGCUGGUGCAUAUCAAUCUUCAUAAAUAUCGUCAUUCGAAUAGCAGAGGACAAGGUGAGCUGACUGAGUUCACGGUCAAGGACGGGAGCGGGAACAUACGUCAUCGACUGAUUCACACAACUCCACGAGGCAUCCGCCUUUGACAAAAGGAGCGGGCUAUAUCGUGCUGCAACGGGUAGGAGCGAGACAGCGAGACGUCGCUGUGCGAAGAACCCGCCAAUUGCGGACGAGAGCGGCCUCGGUUCACGUUUCCGAUUGGUUCGUGAAUGAAGCAAGUUCGCGACAAUUCAUUCAAUUUCAUUCCUUGACGCGCGACGCGAGCGCCUUUGAACUGCGACUGCUGCGCAUUAACGCCAUUUUGUUUUCUCUGUUCUCUUUACUUAUUACGCAGUGUGCUCAGUCACGUUUUUUUUCUAUUAAAAGUGAAAACUAUAGUCGAAUUGCACAAUAUAACUGUAUUAAUUAAUUUUAAAAGUACGAUUCACAAUGGAAGACGAUUUAAAACGCAUGGUUGCGACCAGAGGUCAAUUUAAAGGUACUAUCACUAGACUAAGUAACCUCAAAUUAGAAAAUGUAACAAGGGAGCAGGUUCUCGUUAAAAAGGAACAGCUAGUGUCUACCUAUCAUAAAUAUUGUGAACUAACUAUUGAUAUUUCAAUUCUAGACCCGAACGACGACGAAAAAAUUGACGAGUAUGAGGAUAAAUACUUGAUAACUUUGGCGGCACUAAAUCAAUGGCUCAAUGAACAUCAGUCAGCAGGUAACAUUGAAGGGCCUAGCCAACCCCCGAAGGUAUCCAGUAUGACUCAUCAGAGUCUUCCACGGAUCGAGAUUGGAAAGUUCAAUGGCCAGGUAGGCAAAUACCACGAUUUUGUAAACUUGUUCAAAAGUAUCAUUGACAAUGACACUAGGCUGUCGCAAUGCGAUAAAUUUUAUUAUUUAAAAACCUUAUUAGAAGGUGAGGCUGCGGAUGUGGUGCAGCAUUUAAGCUUAAAUGCCGAAAAUUAUAAUGUUGCUUUGCAAUUGUUAGCUGAGCGCUAUGAUAAUAAGUUUAGGAUAAUUAACCAUCACAUAAACAGCAUACUUGAUCUACCUGUUAUAAAGAAAUGCUCUGCUGCUAGCUUAAGAGAGCUUGUAUCCAAAACUAAACAACACUUGUCAGCAUUAACUAACCUAGAAGUUCCCACACAGCACUGGGACUUAAUGAUUUUAUGUAUUUUACAGCGUAAGAUUGACAUGUACACCUUUAGAUGCUUUCAUCUAGAAUUAAAAGAUAACACUUUACCUAAACUAGAUUUAUUUCUGAAAUUUCUAGAUCAGCGAGCAUCUGCACUUGAAACUGUGGCAGAGGUGCAACAACCGUGUACUUCUGUGAACAAAUACCAUGGAGCGAGCUUAGUGGCGGCUGCUGAGGGCCAAAUAAGCAGAUCAUGUACCUAUUGCCAGUCCAAGUAUCAUAACAAGCUUCAUCAGUGCCAAAAAUUCAAGCUAGCCUUGCCAUCUGACCGCAUAAAAUUCGUUGAAUCUAACAAAUUAUGCAAGCUUUGCUUAAACUCACAUAAAGAAUAUUAAUGAGAGAACAGCUGCCAGUGGCUCCAGGUGGGCUAUAUUUGCAUAACACUAUGUUUGGCUAUAUUGUAGCAGGCAAGUUACCACAGCAUGGUAAGUAUAAACAAUGCCCGGUUAGUAACUUUUGUAGUAGCACAAGUAAUAUGAUGUUAGACUCAGAGUUUGAUCAAAAUGAGAUACAAAGGUUAAAUUCAAUUGACAAUUCACUAAAAAGGUUAUGGCAGUGUGAAGAGG